UUUUAUUUGUAAUUUAAUAGUUUCAAUUCCAACCAGUACAAUGUUACAAUCUUAUUCUGAAUCGAAUCGGUAAUGUUGAGAAUGACUUUAAAAUGAUAAGAGAAUCUUUGUGUCAUCAAGAAUAUCAUAUAAAUCUAGGAUAAAAAAAUAUAUUGAACGUAUAUUUUGUACUUCGUCUGUGACAUUAUGUUAGUAGUACGUAAUACGUGACUCGGAUAACGUGUGAUCGUAAAAAACAGAGCAAGUUUUUAAAUACUGUCAGUACAGUAUAAAUUACAAGAUGUUUUGCACAAGAUUGAUAAGGCAGUUUAAUAAUAAUUUUAAAAUAAGACAACUACAUUCAACAUUUGUUAAAAAUGAAAAUAAACCUAUUACUGAAACAUCUAAAGUUAAAACUGAAACAGCCAAAACUACUAAUAUAUCACAAGCUGAAAAGGAGGCAAUUGAAUUUGUAUCAGGAGAGUCUUUAUAUACUUUGACUAACUUUGAUAAAAGAAUAUUAGUUUGGGUUAAACGUUUUCCUAGUAUGGAUAAAGUUCCAAAACAAGUAAGUAUACGAACUAUACAGCUAGCUCAUACUAAAGCCAGAAUUAAAGUAUGUUUUUACAUGAUGGCUUUUGCGAUAAUUGGCUCUAUUCUAGCUGUAAUAAGUGGUAAAAGAGAUGUUGCUGCUGGAAAAAAUAUAAUAACAGAAAGACAAAAAUGGUAUGAUAAAGUGAAAGAAAAAGCCCGAAAAGAAGCCGAAAUGGCUGAAAAAAAUGAAAAAUAGUAUUUUAAUUUCUUUUAAUAAUAUUUAAAUUACAUAAAUUUUACUUCAAUAUUUUAAAUAUUUUUUUGAUUAACUUUUUUUCCAUGUCAUUAUAUUUCAUUAGAAUUAUUUAAUCAUUAAAGUCAUUAUUUUGAAUAAUCAGAGAUUAUUACAAAUAAUAAUUUUUAGUAAAAAUAGUAUCAUAUCUUUAUAAUAUUUGAAGAUAUUAUU